AUGAGACGCUGCUUCUCUUUCAAACCGCCGCGGUUUGUUUUGACACUGGGUGGGUUAACUUAUCAGUCUCUAGAGUGGAAACCACGACAACAGCGCUAACAAACAGGUUGCAUGAUGCUGGAACCAGCGCAGAUCCGUCGGAGAGGUGCUCAGGAUUUUGAAGGUUACUAUGAUCACGUGUGUGUGGCUCAGGGAUCAGCUCCUGUCCGUGCGGUGAAAGCCAGCCUGAGUCGGGGGAUGUUAGAGUUUAACCCUGAUCACAUCAGUCUGACGGACUGGACGCCUAUCCUGUCAGCCCUGGCCAUCAACAAACACCUCCAGCAUGUUGCUAUGAAGAGCUGCCACCUCACCAGCACUGGAGCUCAAAGUUCUUCCAGGUCUCAUAGUAAGAAGAAGACCCCUGUGAUUCAUUCCAAGAAUAUGACUUUUCAGUUGUGCAAGGCUGUGCAAAAGUGCCUGUGUGAGUCAAGCAGCCUAAAGACCCUUCAGCUGCACGGUUUGCCACUGAGAGAGAGGGACCUCACGGCUCUCACAAAAGGUUUAGCUAAGAGUGUGUCAUUGGAGUAUCUGUCUUUAGCACACUGUCAAAUCGCAGAUCAAGGUUUGGAAGUCAUCUGUCAGAGUGUGAAAUAUUCCUCAACGAUUAAGACAGUGGAUUUCUCUUCCUGUAAUAUCACCUGGCAGGGAGCGGAGCAUAUGGCGAACAUCAUAAAGCACCAGGCAAUGAGACGGCAUAGCACGGCGUGGGUGGAGACUUUGCGCUACAGGAAAGCAGAGUUUGAAGCAAUGAGCGGACUGCGCAGAAUCACUCUCAAUGACAACAUCCUGAUCGGAGACCGAGGAGUGACGGCACUCUCCCGCGAGCUUACAGAGGACCUGUGGGUCAAAGCGGUGGACCUGCAGCGUUGUGGGAUCUCGAAUGAAGGAGCUCAAGUUCUAGAGCAGAUGCUUCAGUCCAAUUCCACUCUGUGUGUGCUUGACAUCAGGAGAAACCCCCUUGUCGAUAAUAAUGUGGUGAAGGCUGUGCUCAAAAAAGUUCUCAUGAACACUAAAAGCCAUGACUCACAGUAUCUGUGGCUUAAACCUCCUUCUCCCAAAAGCACUCUUGAUCAAUCACGGCAGUUAAGGAGGAAGAAUGCAGGAAAAGCAACAUAUCGAAUUGGAUCUCGCCGGUCGUCGUCUGUAAACUCUGUGUGGAGGCCUCCUCUGCCUGGUUCAGUGGGGUACGUCCCAUGGCGCACUGCUGCACGGGCUGGCUUACAAAGAGGUGCAUCACAGACUGAUGGGCUGACAGACCAGAGUUUUCAAAACGCCACCUCUGUGCGGGUAACCGUUGAGACGGAGUCAGAGUCGGAGGAGGUGGAUGGUGCAGAUGUACCGGGUCCUCAGGAGAAAAUCACAAGCUACCAGUUCAGACGACUAGAGAGGGAGAAUAAUCGAUUACAGGUGGAGCUGGAAGAGUGUCGUCUGAGGCUGGGGGAGGAGAGGAACAACAGGCUGAAAACCAACUCUCGCCUGGUGGAGCUGGAGCUGGAGAAUGAGCGUUUGCGCAGUCUGAAUCAAUCCCUGUCUGAAGCCCAUCUCAGCGCCUCUGUUCUGGAGGAUGAACAUGUGCUGGAAAGCAUCGAAUCCUCCUUCCAAAAAUUCCACGCUUUCCUAGAUCUGCUGAAAGACGCUGGGCUUGGCCAGUUUGCGUCUAUGGCUGGAAUAGACCAAUCAGACUUUGGGCUUCUUGGGCAUCCUCAGCUCUCCUCAACAGAGAGGACACACGUCGGCCAAGAAAACCAGAGAAAUGAGGAGAGGAGGGAGAGUUUAGCAACGGCAGCUAUCCCUCAACCUGAAUCCAGUACUCAUUCAGAACCUCCUGCUAACACUGAAGACUUUCCCCGGCCUCAUUCCCAACAGGAAGUGCCUCUGAGUCCAGUCAGCUUGUGUCGUGCCUCCCCACCUUUACAGGAGCCACUUGAGUUUGAGGCCCCUGAGAGGAGCCGAGAGUCCUCUUACUCUUCAAACCACCAGAGGGCCGGCGGAGGCUCUCGCUCAGGCAGCUCAGUCAGUAGUGUCAGUCCUCAGUCCAAAGCCUCAACGUCCUCCAGAGCGAACGGAUCUGUGUGCUCGGCUCUUAACUCGAGAGCAUCUAGUCUGUCUCAGUUGGGUUCAGGCAGACAGAGCGCUUCAGGAAGCCAGAGAAGCGCUGCUGGAUUGGUUGGGUUUUAGAGCUAAAUCAGCUGGAGAGAUCUUGUUAUCGUGAAAACUUCUCUGGAAUGUUGGUGGCUGCUGUCAUCUUUAUCUGUCCAGUGUGUUUUGAGAACCAUGCUGAGAGAAUCCUGUUAUUAUUUGUUUGUUUGAGAGGUUGAUGUUCUAUAGGACAUUUUAGGUACAAGAUAUUAAUGCUGUUUAGUUAUAUAGACUAUGAAGUUUUAUUUAUGGUAUGUUUGUAGUUCAGUGACACUAAGGUUAUUAUUUAAGAGUUUUUUUUAUAGAUUUUUUG